AAAGAAAAAAGGAAUGCUAGAGAUGUUACCUGCGCUUUCCUCCUCGAGUCAAUGCAAAAGCACGCGUUGGAUGAUGACCCGUUUUAACACAUGAGGCAAUUUAUCCUACUCGUGCGCAAGUGACUAUACGACGUGAGAAUCACGGGUUGAUCGCGAACCUCGAUGCAGAGUGUCAUGAAUUACAGUUGAGAAAAGAGAUCUCAUCCUUGUCCCAGAACCGUCAACACGACCGUUAAGAGGUGUAGAGCCUCUUGUGUACCUUAUACAAAUGACGAAAUACGCACCUUGAGAACACGAUUUGCCCAAUCACUCAUCCCAGAACACGACGAAAGAUCCACACCAUAGUAACAACUCCUCUAUAUUUCGACAACUUCUGCUCACAGACACGUCCAUACAGAACUCCACUGCGCUGGUUCUAAUGGACCGACCCCCAGCGAAACGACAGAUCCCAGCGACCUUUGGCAAAUACUUCAAGACUACGCAAAAGGCACAGCGGCUCAUGGAUCCUGAGCGCAGACUGUGUGAGCUUGAUCGCGGCAGUAACGAUCGGGAACUCGUGUUCUCCACACACCCCGCUUAUGGAGAGGGCUGGAACGAGAUGACUUGGUCUCAGGCCUUGCUGUGGGAAACGGCACAAAAUGAUCCCACACUGCGAGUCGCCCGCAAGUCAUUGGAAUCAGUCAAACCAGGUGCCGAACUCAACAUCCUUGAAACAGACAUGUUCAACUCGCUUGGAUCCUUCCGCGGCGUCGCACCUCAACGUCUCGCGACCGUCAGACUCGGCUAUGCUCAAUGCCGCCGCAACUACGUGUACCUCCUUUCGAGGUUCUGGUCAGCUGACCCGGUCUCCGAGAGAGUCCGGCAGACGGAGUGCGAGGAUGAGGGAUCCAACAAAGCUGCGGGCGAAAUGCGCGCUGAAGACGACAAGCAACAUGGCAGCUGAAAGCAUGCUAAUCAAGAUGGCAUUCCAGCAAAGCUUAUGUGACUGGAACAAAAUUGAAGAAUUACUGCCUUUAGC